CGUCGAUUGCACAUUGUGUUUUCCCAGGCGCAAGUAAUUCCCCCUACAUCUCGUAGCCAACCAGUUUGAAGCUAGCAAAGGUUACAUUAAGUGUCACUCUAUCAGUGUAUGUGGUUUGAUCGUUUUUGAUUAUAGGUAUGACGAUGGAAAACCUUAGUGAAUUGAGCGACCAACAAAUGAACGAAACCAGUGUGUCGGUGUCUGUCAGUCCGGGUGGUAGUAGUGCAGCGAGCGGCGGUGGUGAGUUGAUCAGUCCUCAAGAGUUGUCCCCCAGUAUCUCCAGGUCGGAGGCUUUAUCGGUCGGUGUGGCAACCAUGAUCGACUCCAGUGAUUUUCGAGCUCAGAUCUCGGAGCCAACGUACCAAACCUUGAACGGAAGAAUGAGUCCAGGUUACACCAACAACAGCUAUGCUACCCUCACACCUCUGCAGCCAUUGCCUCCUAUUUCCACAGUGUCGGACAAAUUCAGCCAUCCGAAUCCAGCAGUCAGUGGAAGUUUUACUCUCAUGCAAAGCAAUGGCUUAGGUGGUAUGGACAUGAACACUGCCUACCGUUACGAUAAAAUGGGUUCAAUGGGAAUGAACAUGAAUAUGACCCCGACUCUCGCAACAAGUCCUAUGAGCAUGAUGACCUCAAACGGAUAUGCACAGCAAAGCCUGGGAUAUGGAUAUAGUCAGAACGGAAUACAUUCGCCAAAGCCCGAAGUCAAGCCGAUGAUAUCCCCUAACUCAGCGUACGAUGCCUACUCUCGUGGAUUAGCUGGGCCUACUUCAGCCAGACUUCAUUCGCCAAAUGCGAUGAUGGCCACGAGUCUUAACGGUUUGUCAUCAGCCUCGCCGAAUUCAACUGCCUCACUUCGAGAUCACAGACAAACGGGACUCAACGAUACAGGUUCAAAACAUGAAAUUGAAGAAAUCAACACCAAAGAACUUGCACAGAAAAUCAGUAGUGAGCUAAAAAGAUAUAGCAUUCCACAGGCAGUGUUUGCGCAGAGAGUGCUCUGUCGCAGUCAGGGAACUUUAAGUGACCUCCUACGAAAUCCUAAACCUUGGAGCAAGCUUAAGUCGGGCCGCGAGACGUUUCGCCGGAUGUGGAAAUGGUUACAAGAGCCAGAAUUUCAGAGGAUGUCCGCUUUACGGCUCGCAGGUCUUGCCCAGAACAAUGGUCAACACGAGUUUGGGUCCAAUAUGGUAGUUAGCAUCCAACAGGAAACUGAAGAAGUUGCCGGAUCGCAGUCCCGCUUCUAUGAUAAUUACCAUAAAGGCAACACUGUGCCCCAACCGGCGUCUUCCCCCUACCCUCAACAAGUUCAGUUAAAGUCCUGUUUUCCAGCCUGCAAGAGGAAAGAACAAGAACAAAGUCAACAAGAAGAAAAUCGAGCGCCAAAGAAGCCUCGACUCGUGUUCACAGACAUUCAGAGGCGUACACUACAUGCCAUCUUCAAGGAAACCAAACGUCCAUCGAAGGAAAUGCAAGCGACCAUAGCCCAACAGCUCGGUUUGGAGGUGACUACGGUGGCCAAUUUCUUCAUGAAUGCACGACGACGAUCUUUGGAUAAAUGGAAAGACGAAAACGGCAACGAUAACCGAAAUUCCACUUCGACAGACAACAGUGCGAAAAGCUAAAAGCCAGUGUGCGUAUGGCCAAAAGACCAUUGUUAGACAAUAGACAUUGGGUAGCAAUUUCUAGCAACUAGUCUUACACAACAGCGAUGCACGCUGUUGUCAUCCUCUUUUUUGUUGUCUUAUUUCGUUUAUAACCCCCCUCUAUAUACCUGUUGAUUUUUGUUUUAAAUUCUAUUUACAAUCAGAAUUUAAAUUAUUUAUUCCAAAGUGAACGAGGUACUUCUUGGGAGUACGUGGAUUCUGAUGAUGAGAUGCCCCCCUCGGCGGGCAGUUAUAUCGCUAGUUUGGCAACUUACCAUUCCAGGCGGCUUUCUAACAAAAGUCAUGUGCGCAUAUUUUUCAUACCUUAGAUGAUGUUUUAUGCAAUAAUUUAUUGUGAUUUUACUAUUGUAUAGAUUUAAUUUAUGUUUCCUAGUUUUACCCAUACUCGGGUCGAAGACCGUCUGUAAACUUCAAACGCUGUAACUUUUCAUUCAUGUGGGCCCGGUGCACAGGGACGUACGUACCAGGCUCGCAGUUAACCAGUAGAGUUGCAAUAAGUGGCCACGGUCCACAUCAAGCACAUAGAUUUUUACAUUUUUAUAGCGCAUUUGUAUACAACAAUUUCAAACCAAAUUGUCGUUCUGCAUUUCUACUUAAUUUUAGUCAUUUACGAUUUGUAUGAACCCAUUCUCAUGUAUUGGUCUUAGACUGUACCAUAUUUCAACCAGACAGGAGCAUGUAUAUUCUUCAGUGCAAUAUAAUUUAUAUAUAUGUGGUGUUUGAUCGUGAAUUGUCCCAAUUGCUAUGUGGUUAAGUUAGUAGUCCGUGGUAAAAUGCCAACUGAAAGACAUAAAAAACAAAACAUGUCAUAAAAUGAACAUUUGCUCUUCGUUGCUAUAUAGGGUGGUAUUGGUUACCAUAGAAGUAUGGUGUUACCAUGGUGACAUAUCAAGCUACCAUAGUAACAUGUCUUGUUAUCAUAGUAACAUAUCUGGUUGCCAGGGUAACAUGUCUGGUCAUCAUGGUUACACUAUGGUUGCCAUGGAGACAUAUAUGUUGCCAUGGUGACAUGUAAUGUUACCAUAGUUAUGUCUUAGCAACCACAGAAAACAGCAGGAUCAAGUUUCUGCAUCAAUUCCGUAGCAGCAGUUUCUCUCUGCCUCCGAAGAUGGUUUAACACUUUGUGUGCAUUUUACACAGGUGGUUUGAUUAUGCAACAUUGUUGAAAAUUGCACACUGGUGACCUCUAAUGGCAAUGUUAUCAAGCACAUAUCAUUCAAUUUUUAAAAUGCCAUGUUUUCUUCUCUUUGCAGCAUUCAUUUUAACUCGAAAACCAAUUGCUCAAAGUUUGUCUGAAAUAUUUUUUUACACUCCCAUGUCAAGAUAAGAAAUUUAGAAAAAUAAUUUCUUUAGCCUCUCACUCGUCCAAAAAUAUGGUUAGCCUAGAAAAAUAUGAGGUGUCAAUUUAUUUCCCGCACUUAAACUUAAUCCCAUCUUGUCCGAAACGUUUCGAAAUUAAUGGGUUUUCUUACAAUAUCUUCACAACAUUCAAACCAUGUUUUAAGUCAGAAUAACAUAUACUUGUUCUGCCAACAUGUAUGGAAUUCUGUACAGUAAGCAUGCAUUUCUUCCCAACGCCGCAAAUAGAACCAUCAAGUGUUGCGGAAGUUGACAUCAAGUCCUUGACGUGAUGUCUGCUUCAUGUCGGGGUACUUUACCAACAGCUUGUGCACAGUGUGUCCAAUGCCUCUGUGGUGAUAUCGGGUCUUUUUGGCUUGAUUCAGUCAGAAAUACGUCCACUCGAAAUGGUUCCUCUCCGCUCUGAUGUACAGGAUGUAACUGUAUGAAUCAGUUGUAGUCGGAGUGUGGCGGCAUUUCCUACGUUGGCUUCCGUGGCAAUGUUGGUUUGAAGAUAGCCCCCACUCUGGUGCAUGAUGUGAUACUGUCACGUUUGCCCGGGAAUGAUAUAAGAGUGCCUGUUAUAUUCCCUGCUGGGUUUUUAAGGCCAUUUUGGAAGAUUAGGUCAAAGUUACACUCAGCUGCUGUCUGGUGCCUAAAUGCAUUUGCCAACAGAAAGAAUGAAAUUCCUUUUUUGGAGGGGGUUUUAUUUGUGUGGAAAUGGCAGUGUUCCGUUCAUUAGGAAACGGUUCUAAACUCUUAACAAAUUAUCAUCUGACUUAUUCUUGAUCUGGCCUAUUUUAUGAAAUCCUCAUUAUUUCAGAAUAUGAGCGCAUCAUUGCAAAUUCCAUGUGGAUUCUGUUAAACGAGUGAUACCGCGAGCAGAACGCAGCUCAUGUUCUCAAAUUUCACGGUUUCAUGAGCAGAGCUUUAGAACUCUAGUUUCAAAUAAUGUUAAUGAUUCCAACUGAUAUCCACCCAGACUUCUUUUGUUUGGUUUAACACGCUUUAAAAGUGUGAAGUGAAAAUUGAAACGGCUGAAGUGGAUACAAUUUGCCUAUGUUGACUUCUUUUUUGAGAGCGUAUCUCAUUUCACCCUUGCUCAAAUCUAGUUCGGCUCCCAAGGAUUCUUGUAAGGCGAUAUUUCGAAAAUUUAAAAUGUUAAAACUGCGGGAUGGCUGUAUGAUGUAAAACUACAUGAACCGAUUGAAGUCGCCAGAUCAGGCCUUCGAUGUCUUUUGGUGUAAAAUAGUAAACAACAAUAUGUGUACAAGAAAUGUUGAAAAGUACCAUUCACGGCCAUUUUGAUCUUUGUUAAAGUGGCAGAUGUGUUUGAAAUAUAACCUGGGCUCGCGGGAAACUGUGAGAACUCGAGGCUACCAGCUAUCCGGGUUUCUCUCCUGGUAGCACAUCAUGCAGAGUGGAAAUAUUUCUGGAGAAUUUGCAUGUGAUGUGACCUUGCUUUGGGGCAUGCAUGGCUGUGAGUCAGACUCUAUUAAACUGGUGUUUCCCUUCCUUGUACUUUUGGAUUGGGAAUGUAGCUGUUCACUCAGACCAGUUCACAAUGUAACUCGUUCACCAUGUUACUAGUGUACUUGUGCUGAUUGUUUGUGUAAACCUCCCUCUGGGUCUUAAACAGUUAAUAUAUUAGCCAUAAACCAUAUUCGAGGUUCUUAGCUGUCUAGAACACUCCACGUUCCGUCUGACAAAUCGCUGCCGACAUUGCGUGGGUCCGCGACAACCACAAUCAAGACAUGGAAUUUACAUGUGAUUGGCUAAUCUGAUGGCUACUAAACAAUUUGAGCCCAAUCAUUUGCGAGCAGUGAUUAGAGAAUCGAGCAAUUUCCGCCAAAUCCUCGUGGCCGAUUCUGACCCAGUUCCCGAGAUUGAAUGUGUAAAUUUCAUAUCCGUAAGUGGCAGAGUGUCACCGCCCGGGUUAAAAAUGAAAUCCAAUUGCAUUUAGUGUUAUUACAUUGGAAAUGAAAUGCGAUUAUAGCUUUGCCUGAUGUAAUAUGGCACAAAAUCAGAUUACACUAAACCCUAUCACCAGCUCGUUCCAGGGCUCUGACCACUCCCGACAAGGGCAGGGCGGCCAUCUUAACUAUUUCCCUGAAAUAGCAUCAGGGGCUAAAUCAGCUAUUAGAGUACUCAUUCUGGAACUGAUUGCUUUCUUGAAAUAAUGCGACCAGCUGCGCAUGGGGUCAUUUUGUGGAGAUCCGAUAUCAGAUCUCAAAAGUGCCUCAGAAAAUGAUGCCCCAUUGAAACGCUUACUUCAGGCCGUUGAAAAUCAUUCCAUAUUUGGAGAUUCUGAAUUUCUGUUCACCAAGUUUCAUGAAGUUGGCGAACCCUAUCCGUCAUAGUAAGUGUAAGUCAUUCCAAAGUUUGCCACCAAAUCAGUGGAAUUCGUCAUUUGCAGUUAUCGUUCAAAGAACCAUACUUUGUCAUUGACUCUUAUUACAAAUCUGCGUGCAUUUCAAUCACUCAGCCCAGCCACCUCGCGCCAACAGUGACAACAACAUGAAUUCUAUUAAGCGCAUCCGUUGAGAGACCUCUCGUACCAUAAAGUAAUCUCACACACCUGGUAGUGUUCCCACGCCCAAAAAGUCUAAUGGAUGGUGGUCAUUGCCAUGGCUACCAGCAACAUUGGUGUCGCUAAUAUCGUGUGUCGUUACACCGAAAAGUGAGAGGGCUGAGGGCUAUUUGAAGAAAUUUAAAAAAAGAUAUAUAAUUUAAUUCAAUAGUUGUCAUCAAAAAAGGUUCUGACUCCUCAGUUUUAGAUUCCAAAGGCAUAACUCAUCAUUAUAAUUUACUGUACGCAAUUGUGAUGUCGUCUGUUGUUUUCUAACAUCUGGCCUUGAGUUGUUCACUAUCCAUUUUGAAAGUGUUAACUUAAACAUCCGUUCAAUAAACAUUUUCUAAAUGUCGAAAAUCUUAACGACAAAGUCUGGAUGUCACUUACCUAAAAACUAAAACAUUGCCAUUUCCAGCAAGAACUUUUGAAGUUUAAAAUUUUUGAUUUCAUUAGUUUUGAACCUAAUGCGUGAACGCCACUUUGUCUAUUGCAAGAAGCUGGGAUUCUGUCGUAUCUUGCUUGAUUUACUUAAGGAGUAGUGAAGUGCAAUGACAAAAAGCGAGAGGGAUGCGCGCAGCUCUCCGUUGAAAUUUCCUAACGCGCCGUAAUUGGUCACGGGGGCACCUGUGAGGUACUAAUUAACGCCACCUUCCCGGCUAAUUAAACUCGGUGUAGCCGUGUGUAAAGUUGCCGGUUGGAGUAGCAAUGCUUCCAAAUGGUGACUUCAACACCCCGUGAAGAGUUUGCGAGAAGUGCUCUGACGGUUUGGCUCUUCUUGGUUGAAUCAUUUUCCGAGUGUUUUUGAUUGAUUCUGCUAUACUUUACUCGAAACAUUUGUGUAAUGGCACAAGUUGCUUGGUACGUCGCCGUUUUUGGUCGCCAGAAUUCACACGCGUCAUUUUCGCAUUUAUAAAUACGACAUAUCAUCGUGUAUUUGUUGUUCUUUUGUGUAGGCAUCUGUCCAGUUUUAUAUUACGGUCCAACGUUGAUGAUAAUAUUAGAGUCCCGAGUCGCAAAGAAACUGGUCCAACUGGUACACGGUCACGAGGAUCAGUGGGUCAUGAAUGAGGGGGAUUAUCAUGUCAUUUUAACUUGUUCAUUCUUUCAUGUUUGCAAUUUAUUCAACUCCCCAAGUUUUCCAUUAACGCCAACAUCGUUAACUUCUUCAUCAAAUUAUGAAACAUAAUAGAAUUAUGAAACAUAAUAGAAUUAUGAAACAUACUGUAAGUAUGUUUGUUGAAGUCAUUUUAUCUUGUUCAACUUACAGUUAUUGUAAUCCUGUUUUUGUUGCAUGAUUUCGUCACUGUCAUAUUGAGGCAUCAUCAGCUGACUUUUGCAUUUGUGGAAUGGUGUUGUAAACGCUAUUUCACGUUUUAUUCCAUUGGUUGAAAAAAAGUUUAGUGCAAACAAAUGUAAUUAUUCUUUGGGGAAAAAGUUGCCGAGUGAUGAGAAAGUUAUGGUUGAAAUUUCACUCAUUUGGAAGUAUAUCCUAGCCACCAGAUGGUCCUGAGAUUUUUUGUUGCCCCUGUGCUCAUAACUCGGGCGUCAGGAGGCCAUCAAUCUUUCAGUCCGCAUGGUUUAUGCCGGAGGAAGGCACCUCAAGGGAGGAAGUGUUGAAACCCCUUUACCUGGCUCAUAUAAGUGGUAUAAAUGUUGUUUCUUACUCAUAACAUGACAAAGACCUCUAUGUUAACACUUUAAGCACUGAAGUCUCUAAAUUUAGUCAUUCGACUUGAAAAACUUUCCAAAAAGUUUCUGAAAGACAUUUUUGAAAACUUUGCAAAAGUUAAGUUGUUGUAAUUUUUUUCCAAAAGAAACAAAAAUCUCUUUUUCAAUUGGAUCGAAAGGAACGCAAUAAAAUCAUCAUGUUCUCAUAUCAAAUUUUAGGUGCAACUAUAAAGCACCACUGAGGCGAACGACAGUUUGAUUUGAAACUUUUUCAUGUAAAACGUCCAUGUUGAAAUUGACGAAUACAGCGGGGUAAGAUAUUUACACCAGAUAUUGGGCGCUCGGUUGAGAAAAGGCACAAGUUAGGUUGUCAUGUCGGGCCAUUUCCUCAUCCUCUUUUGGUGGUUCAUAUAGUCGUCUAGCAAUGCCGUCAUAUGAAUAAUUGAAAAGUGCAGGGAACAAUACAUUGUUGAAGGGGCGGGUGACGCACACCAUCGAGCGUUAAAACAAAAGAUCCGGUUUGUGAUGUUAGAUGGGACGGUAUGGCAAAUAGGAGGAGAAUUUUCAUGCGUAUACUCUGUAUUGAAGUAUACCUGGUGUAACAAUAUGCUAAACACCUGACUCAUUAGGUACAACCAGCUAAAACUCAAAUUGAGUGACACUCAUGUAUUAUACUGAAGAGAUCAAAGGGCAUGUAUACAGCUGAAAAAGGAACUGUUGUGUUGGGACGCCGGUAUGGUUUGGCCAAUGCCAACAGGUGGCACUAACUGGUUAAGAGUUUUGCACCCCUGGUGGUGAUGAGGUCAACAGUUUCAAGCCAUUUUGUGCCGCGAGAUAAUAGGCCCUUUAACAUUCGAAAAAGGUGUAUAGAAGUAUUUUGAACUUAAUCACUAUAGAGCUGACAGACUUCUGCACCCCUUUUGUUUAGUCGGGACUGUGUGGGGUUAUUGUAUCAAGCCUCGGAAUUAUGUCGUGAAAUUGUUCCAUUUGUUUUGCAAACAUGAAAGAACACAACGCUCACUUGGGUUCCUGCCAAGCAUUUUUGAAGGGGGAUGUUGAGUUGCCAUUAGGGGUGCCACUGAUUUUUUCCACCCCCUGGUCUUGUAACGAGGGGAGAGUCUUCAACUUAACAAUCGAUGUUUGAGUAAUUGUCUGAUCUGAGUGACCUGUUUGGACCGGUUUUUCUGAGUAUAAUAGGUAGGUACUGCAUCUAGUCGAGCUCAGGACUUUUAACUUGUAUAAACCUAAUGACAAUCUUUUCCACUACGGUGGUGUCAUGAUCAUGAGCGCUGUUCGUCAAGAAAAUUUCAUUCGUACCUACAAUGUCAGUUAUUUUUAAACUACAACCAACACACAUGUAGCACCACAGUUUAUGAUAUACAUGUGUAAUGGUCAUAGUUUGGUAAACAUGAGAAAUAAUUUAGUAUUACAACAAUUCUUACGUACUGGUCAGAACUUAUUUAUACAGUUUCACAACCAAAAGCAGUAAAAUGUUAGCACCUAGUGUAACAAUUCUAUGAAAAAGAGUGUCCGAAAUUUUUCCAGCGAAAUAUACGGAAAGUUUAGAACCUUGAGUUUCAGAAGUUGUAGAGCCACUGGAAAAAAUUAAGAACCGUAAGACAUUUUGAAUUGAUUACCAAUAAUGUACAUUAUUAAAUCAUGCCAAUUAUGCACAGGGUUGUUUUUUGUACCUUUGAAUGCCAUAAACGGUAUAUUACUCUAGUUCACCGGUCUAAGACAGGUUCUGAAUAUUUAAUCCGAGCUUGAUAUGAUCAAGAAUUGACGAGUCAAUAUCAAUUCUUGAUUUUGUGUGUGGUCAUUUGAUGCCAUUGAUCAUAUCCAGUGUGGUGCGGAGACCAAGUUGUCCAAUUCUCAUGACGACAUACUUCGGCUUUGCCAUAGUGUCAAUUUCGUAGUGAUAAAUCAACUGAUCUUAGAUCAGUGAAACUACAGUAUACAUAUAAAAUCCAAUUGUACAUCUAGAGUAUGCGUGGAGUGACACUCACUAAGUCUUAUAAAUUCAUAACCCUAGUAAUCAAUUGCAGAUAAGUCGCGUCACAUCCUUUCAAAUCAAUUUUGCUUCUUCCAACGACAAAAGUGAAAGAUGAAACUCCAUAUCGUUGCCAUAAUGUCUUCAGAUACAAUCAUGGGCAUCUCCAGGGCGGUCGACAGGUGCAGAGGCACUUACCCCACCCUUCUUGACCAACAAGGUUUGAAUACUGUAGCUAAUGCAGUAAUAAGUGUGGUCUUGACUUAAUCAUAAUGGCAUCUCCACCGCGCAUUGGGUCCUAGGAUGUGAAUUCCUCCUUCAGACAACCCUGGUUUUCAGUUUAUGAAGCUGAAACUUCAAUCCCAUGAUGUUAUGAGGAAUUGGUACCAAAAUGCAAUGCCUGUGGGUUAAGGUCCUGUUUCUUUAAAAUAUAUUAUUCAGAAUUCAUUACAUAACUGCAAUAGUGUACUUAAACUUCGGUGCUGGAAUGCAAUACCUGGUACUAGUACUUAAAGAAAAAAAGUUUUCACUACUCAAUAUGUGCAUGGGCAAUUUAAAAACUUCCAUAUCGAAAUUUUGUACCAAAUGUAGUCGAAAAGUUUGGAAUUUAUAAACCAAUGGGGUUUUGUAGUAAGGUAAAACGGUACAGUUAUAGCCAAGGUACAGUUAUGGCUUCUGCAGUGUAAAGAAAACAGCCGACAGUAUACAUUAUUGCACACAAAGGCUAUAAUUGGGGCAUAAUCAUACUACAUUUCGUUAUUUGGUACAAAUCUGGACUUGAGCAGCUCGCGUGAAUGUUUCUUGUGAAAAGCCUGGGGAUGCCAAUGACAUUUGUCUUAACCUGUCUUCUAAAUGUCACAAAAUGCUGGUCGACUUUUGUCACCGGUUAAGAAUCAUAGAAAAGUCGUUGUUGUUUUAGUCCUUGUAUGUCGAUGGGCGGGGCAGUGAUCGAUUUCAAGUGAACUUUUUUUUAAUGAUGCACGAAGUCUUGUUACCAAAUGUACAGUAACUCUUCAAUGUGAUUCAGUGUUAAAGUGAGCAGUAUAAACGAUCAUAUUCAAUAUUGAUGCACAAUACGCCAAUACUAAUGUUGUUGUUGUCGUUGUUAUUGGCUGCUCUACUCUUGCGCAGCGUCAUUUUACACAUUCGACGACGACGUCCCUUCUUGACCAACAGCGCUCAUGCUCAGUCUUAUUCUGUAAGAUGCAUCAUUCAUCUACAAGAGGUGACGAAAAAAAUGCAACGUCCAAGAAGUAUCAGAAAUAAGGAUGUAUAGGGUUGAGUGCAAUUUUCGUUGCUGCAACCUGCGGUCAUUGUCAAACCAAGCGAUUACCAGUUGUACCCGCAAAUGAGAUUUCUUUUUCUUUCAUGUAGUGGCGAUUAUAAUCGCUGUCCACACCGACAAAAAUACCUCAUUUGCGCUCUGCUAUAAUGAAAAACUGAACUUGCUAGUUUUCAGCUUCAAACAGUAGUUUGGUUCCUCUGUACAUCUUGUUUUUGAAUGCAUACAAAGUUAGAGGUUGCGUUUUUUUGGUCACCCUGUAAAACAUGUUAUUGUUGAAUAGUGCUAUGAUGGGAGAAGGCCUUGUAUACAUGAGGGACAUUUGAUCUUGUUGGCGUCGAUGGAUUUGGCAAGAUCGUAUCUCGAUAGCUGUCCGAAACAAAAUGGCCGGAACCUAAAUGGAUUUGGAUGUUUCUCCACACAGGGAUUAGCCCUGGUUGAAUAAGCAUGAUUUACAUAGUAACUUUCAGACAAGUUGCAAAAAAAAACACCCCAAUUUCUUUGAGAUGUUUCAAGGCUUUCUCCCAGGUGUACCUUCGCUGCCAUAGAUUUCAUGAUUAUUGCCUCAUAAAACACAUCAUAUAUACUUCAAUGACAUAUUUACACUCACAUGGCACAUUCUUAUAUAACUUCGCCAAUUUCAAAACCGAAAUGUGAAAUUUGCAUCUGUCAUCGGCUAUAAACAAAUAGAUUUUGUGGUCCUGGAACGUAGGUUGAAGAUACGAGAAAGAAAUAUGGUAUGAUAUUACCAUUUCUUUUUGCUUUUGAUGAGGUUGCGUUGAUUAUGAUCAACAUUAUGAAACAUUUCGAAGAGAAAUAUGAUCAUGAUAAGCUAGCAAAGUUUUUAAGUUGCUAAACCUAUCAGACUUGAAAAACAGUAGGAGCAGUCAGUUAUGUUUGGCCUCACUCGGAUGAUCCAGAUAAAUACAUUAGGUUGGUCCGCAAGGCAUGUGCAAAUAUCUGGUCAUCCAGCACUGCUUAGAUAAGUCAGAAAACAGGACCAGUUGAAACUGUGAAAACGUUUCCUGAUAGUUGCGGAAAGACAUUCUCUCAAAUUCUUAGUGACAUGUUCUCGGCCAGAAGUAAUUUGUUCAAAAUCAAUAAGUUACUGAAACACCUGUGUUUCUCAGAGCAACUUCGCGUAGGGUUCUCGAGAUUUGAGAUUGCUUCUGGAGUGGCAUUUGCCAUGUCCAAACUUUUGUUGUUGGCUCUAGUAACCUUCUGACUGUGCCUAAAGGUGGGAAGUUCUCGUUGACCAUUCUUGAUUCAUGUUAUAAACUUGAUGACAUGACAUCAAUUUGAAAAUUUCAAUUUUCGUGCGGUUUAAGGAAUUUGUGUGCCUUGUCAAGAGUGUUGCCAAACUGUAGACUUAGAUCUCAAGCCGAUGAGAGUAUCAAGGUGAAUAACAGCGUCAUCUAGUCACAGAUGACGCUGUUUAUACAUGUGCUGGAUGCUUUAUAAACAACAUUCCAAAGAGUGUCGAACCUAGUCAACUAUGUCAGUUUAAAACUGACAAAUAUGAUAAUACAGCCAAAAUAUAUAAGGCUCACUUAUGUAUUUUUGAAUACAGCCAUGAUGAUAUGCUAAUGAGGAUGAGUAUGAUGUAUGUAUCAAUAAGCCUGCAGGCGAUGUAAAAUUUCACAUUUCACAGAAAAAAAGUCAAGUGAUACGAAGCUGUAAAUAACUAGGGCAUUUUUAUUGUCGAUUUUUCUCUGCAUUCCGUGUCAGUUUUUUGUUAAAUACUCUUUGAGUAUGGUGUUUUUCAUUUCGAUUGUCCAUUCCAUUAAUAAGUUCAGGUAAUACUAUUAUAACAUAAACAUAUCAAGUGCAGAUUGCAUUUAUUUUAAUUGCAAAAUGAUUGUGUGUGUACUGAUUUUCCGGUUACUACUAAUUAUUGUCAGUUAGCAGCGUUGGUGAACAUAUCGAGUCGUAGUGACAUACAGCAUCACGGCAAGAUGUCUGGCCGAUGCACGUGGUGUAAACUAGACAAUUUUGUGGAACACGUUAUAAUAAAGAUUAUAUACAGGGAACAAAAAAUCACCACAGUUUUGUGUGGUCUCACUUAAUUAUUGUGCAUUUAACCUUGUUUUGCCAUUUUGCCGGUUUUGUUAUCGAGAUGCUUAAAUAAUCCUACACCAAUUCAUAUAAGCCAUUAAGCGCACGGUCCGAGGAUGCACGCCUCGCGUCUGGGUCAGUUCCAAUGUGUGGUGUGCUUCUUUUGUAAAUAUUGUAUACUAGUGACUUCAUAAUUGAAUGUUUUAAUGAUUCAAGCUGGGAACGUUGGUUUUGUUCUUUUGUUUGCGUGAUAAUACUGGGGUAUUAAUAUUUUUUAGUCCGUGAAUAUAGUGCUGUAGAUUCCUUAUCCUGUGGAGUUUAGUGGUGGCAAGGUGGCAAUGGGUUAAUUUUCUGCUCCUUCCGAAAAUCAUGCGACCGAUUUGUUAUAACGGAUGCCUGCCAUGUAUGCUUGUACUUAAAAUCAUGUCUUGAUUUACAAUUUAUUUUCUCUGAGUAAUACAGUAACCUAGGUAUUAAUUAUGUUCGAGGACCAACACAUUUCGGCCAAGUUCCUCUUGCUUAGUCAUCAUAUUAGUGUAUUUGUGGGCACCACGGGCUGAGCCAUGACGCCAGCCUUUAUAGCGUUGCACGUAUUGGGUAUGCAGGGUACAUAAUAUGUCGAACUUUUAACCAAACAUUUGCUAACAUGACCAGGAAAUGCAUUCUAGUCUUGUGUGUGUGCCAUUUAUGAAGAAUUGGAGAUAGUUUAUUCCAGGACUCUUUCUUUUAAGAUUAUAUCAAGACAUUUUUUCUCUGAAAUAAAUGCAUCCACUAAGUGCUGAAUUACACAAUGCUCACAACGAUUUGAGACUCGCAAAAGAUGCAUUUAGGAAUGUAACAUUCAGUGUAGCACUAGACGAGGUCUUACUUAUUCAACCCAUGUUUAUUUCCUGGAUUUAAGACCAGCGAAAUAUGGCAUUAUACGCAGUGGUAUCUGAACUUAUUUGGUUCGCCGACUUCAUGUUGUAAUGACAUCUCUGUAUUUCUGUCACACGAUCGCGGCAACUGGCAACGCGGUUGAGCGGACUUAAAUCACUAUCACAAGGCAUAAAGAAUCCAGUGAAGACAGAUAAAGAUGUGAAAAGCACGCCGUAAAUACCCUGCAUUCGGUUCUUGGUCCCUUCAUCGUCGGUGGCUGCAUAGCUCAGUAUGUUAUACACAGCCUCAUUUUGAGAUACUGGCCAUGAUUAAAUUGUGUUCCGCGCCGUACGCGCACAAAGUUGACGAGCCUGAUAUAUUGAGUUCUUGUAUUAGAAUGUUUUGCGAUUAAGUUGGUCGACAGUGAAAUUGAAAAACUAAUGUUAACUUGGCCAAAUUCCCCUGUACAAAACCCCUAAGGUCAAGUGCAUGUUGCACAUUGAAAUUUGGCCAAGUUAGCUGGAAACUGGGUACAGGUCUAUGCAGUACAUUUCUACACCUGCCUUGUAAAUUGCUCUGACCUUGACCCUCAACUGACCUUUGAAUUGUACAUUGCUUGACCUUCACCUCUUGUUAGAUAAGCCUGGAAAUUUGCAGUUGUAUAGUGAUUUGAGAAUAUUUGGAAAGAAAGUAAAUCGCAACUGAUAUUAUCAUACCUGUGUAUUUUUAGCUUGGUUUUUGUUUCUCUAUUUACUAUGCUUGGUGAAAAUUGUGUUGUAAAAGUCAAUUAUCAGACAAGUUUUAUUAAGGAAAGUUGGUGUUUGUGGAUUUUUUUGUACGGAUUUUUAUUCCUCUUCUCCCUAGCCACUUAAAGCAAUACUAUAAACUGCCAUAAAUGUCUGCAGAAAACAGCUGUAUUGAGAAUGUUUGACGCGCACGGUCCUUUUGACCAAAGAAUGUUGUCAACUUCUUAACGAGUACUGUACAUACGACUCUAUGGGUUGCCAAAAUGUUUAGUCCUGAUCAUUCUUAGUGAACUUAGCCUGAGAUAUGUGUACAUUGGGUGUUUUACACUUGCAUUUUGUAUAUUGUGGCAUAUCGAACACUUUAAGGACAGAACUCCAGUUUUGUGUAAUAAACAAUUCUGGACACUUAGUUUGAUGUUCUUGGACUUUGUGCCUAUAUCUGCAGUUAAGAGUAUUAGUUAACUUUUUUCUGUGCUCCAUAAACGUUUUCCAGUUAAAUCUUUUCACCAAUUUUCAACUGCAGUAUGUUUGAUUAAGUGCUGUCAAAUUCACAAAAACUAAAAGCCACAAAAAUAUACUCUUUUGACUGGAAAACCUGCCAGAUGAAAAUUUACAUUUUUUCAGGGAUUUUCACGAAUUACAUAAAUAAAUAGGGAAAUUUGGCAGUUUACUUGGUGUACUAGGUACUGGUACUUAUUCCAAGAUAACUUUCUAAAAAUAUCAUCAUUGCUUUUCCCAUUGAUUAAAAAAUUAGAACUUGUGGAAAAUCUGUGAGUUAUGCUGUCCUAAUUUGAUAUGACAAAAAUGUCUUUCUCCUGUAAUGAAUAUUCUUGGGGAGUUAUCCCUGGAAUUUCCCAAAAUCUCAAUAUUUCAUUCUUAAAUAACAAAACAAGUCCUCAAAGAGUUCGAUAAAGAGGGUCCCUGUCCAUUUGUUUCUUACAGCGUGGUGUGUGGAAAAUUUUUGACCCUCUUUCACUUCCAUCAUCAACUUGAGAUGUUGUUUUAAGGCAAUGGCCUCCUGACGCUGGUGAUUUGAUGGCUGCCGGUCCAUUCUAAUCAGGCGCAAUUCAAUUUGCCGACAAUUUGUGUCCAUUGUGAAUAUUAUUUCCAUGGCGAUAUGCCAGUUGUGAUUUGUAUUAUCCGGGCUGAUUGUUUAGGUGGGGAAGGAAGGACAUGGUUGGAGGUGGCUCUCAAGAUUCUUAGGAAAAAAUAUGAAAUUAUACUGUCCCUAGAUAUUUUUAGAUGAAAGUCAUAUUUGGGAAGAUAUGAAUCUUGAUUUGGUUUUAAUUAAAUCCAAAAAUAUAUUAACUAUUGAGCUAAUCAUGUCAUUAGGUGACCCCACCUGCUCAUAGGACAGUCGCAUCAAAAGGCACUGCACUUCCUAUAAAAGAGGAAUGAAAAUUUUAAAAAAUGACAUUUUCAGCCAUUAAAGGGAGUACAUAGGCAACAGCCAGGUCUGUCAGAUCAAGUUACACAAAGAUGCCAAUAGGGGUCUCACUGUACAUUGUAACCAAUCACCCUUGUACAAGGAGUAUAUUUAAUGCUGGAUCAAACACGACCGAGUCCACUAACUGUGCAAAUUAGUCGCCCAUAGAUGACCAGUUUGACGCCCUGGCCCUUGCUGAUUGUCCCCCUUUAAGGCUGGUGCGUGUUGAAAUUGUUAAACCAUGGCAGGUUUGAGGUAAAGUUAAAACUUCAUGCUGAAGAACCAAGAAAUUCCCCUUUGCACGAUUUCUACUAGUCAUUUUGAUGAUGAAACUGUUGGCCAGUUCACCGCAGUGUCUGUUGGCCGAGAUCAUGAGAUAAAUCCUUGGUACCCCGAGGCCCUACUCAGUGAAUAUGUAGUAUGUUCACUCAAUAACGGAGGCAGUUUCUAGCCCCUCCAUUAUGUCCCGCUCUGAGUCAAACUAUUGAUUAUUUUCGCCGGAGAAUCCUCAGCUGUUGUCGUAGCUGUUGUUUCUCACCACUCGCGACACGUUAGACUCAGCUACGCGUUGGGUCGGAGCAGCUUAUCGUGAAUGGCUUCUUGGAUUAAGAGCCUUUUAUCCCGGAGCAUGGCUCGCCUGAACUGAAGCAGAAUUAUAGUAGGAGUUUAAUUGCUUUGUCUGGAAUCUUUGCAUUGCUACAAAUAGUGAUACGUCUGGUGUUUUUCGGAAAAAAAUUCAGAACAGAAGAGCGUAAGAAGUAAUCAGUUUCUAAUAAUUUCCUGUUUAAUGGAUUUGUGAUUUUAAAUCGAACAGAUAUAUUUGAGAAAUCACAGAAUUUAUUACAUUCACAAUGGACACAAAGUUGUUUAUAUAAAGUGCAUCAUUACAGUUUAUACCAUUCAUUUGCUUGUUUUGCUUAUGUAUUUGUUCCCACAUAUUAAUUCUUCACUUGUCAGUUUUUGUGAGAAAAAUGCGCCAGAGUUCAGAAAAUUUUAUAAUCGAUGAUUAAAUUCACUUUCAGUGUCAAGUUGAUUUGUAGGGACUGGCCACUUCUAAUCAUUUCUUUAUGAUCGAGUCACACAGAUGUGAUAUAUGUCACGACAAUGCUUGCAUACAAAAAUUGUGAUUACAAACCUGGCCAAAAAUUUCAUUCCCAUGAUCUCUGUGAAGUUACCAGUCCCUGCAUUCUUUGGGGGGCUGUUACCAAACUGUUUGAUGGAGAAAAAAAAUUUAGUUUUGCUCCCACCCCAUACCAAUGUACCAUUAGAAAACAUUACUGCUAAAGUCUCCACCCUUAAGCUAUCAAUUAAGUUUUGAUGUUUCUGCAUGAAAACUGAAUGAUUUUAACCUUUCUCCACCCCAGUUGCUUGCAUUUUGCAUCAAAUUGUUUCGAAAUGGCCCCCUAUUAUUCAAAGGGUAAACUUAGCGACAGAUGCCACAAAUAGCUGUUUAGGCACUUACUGUAAUGUUAUGUAGUAUUCCCAGGAAACGACGCAAAUACAUUGAAGGAAGAUGGGUUUUCUUUGGUCAAGUUUAUUUCCCAUAAACCAUACUUGUACUUAUCUGUCGUAGAGUUCCAAGGUCAGCAUAGUAACCUUUGACCUUUGAAUCCUAAGAUUUCGAUUGGUUGUCUUCGCAUUUGAAUAGUUGUAUGACCAAUCGUAUCCUGAGGAUUGAAUUAGAAAACUUUAUGAUAUUCAAAUAUUUUUUGCCAAAGAACUUUGAAACAAAUCUGUAUUAGGUAUGCGUGGUACCAAUUACAGGAGGGUUUUUUUGUAUAUUUUGAACACAGUGUGGAGCAAAUUGGAUUUUCAGUGCCCCGACACCACUGUUUCCCACGUCUGGUGUCAUAAACUCAGUCUAUUAUCAAGUGCAGUAAUAAUGAAAAAUAUUCUUCCAUAAAUUUGUCCAGCUUCUGUGUUCAAUGUCAAAGUUACUAUGCUGUCAAGUGCUAUUUCACUCCAACAAGGCUAUAAAGAGAAGGAGAGAAGAGGAGAACAAGAGAAUGUGUGUGUUCUCAAUCACAUAGUUUUCUGUUCUGUUGGCUUGGAAUGGCUCUAACCUUGGUCUUUCUGAACUCGUUGGUGAUUUUAUUACUCCUCUGAUUUCCUCGAGUGUUACAUCUUCCCCACUGUAGAUAUCUCUUAUAUUUACACACGCUUGGUAUUUCUUCCAUAUCACAUAAUUUACACAAUUAAACGGCAAAGAUCCCCCCAGGAACAUGGGCUUUGAUAACGCCUCUCAGUAUUUCACCAAAACAUGCUCAGACUGUCAUCUUCAUAUGGACAAAGCUUAUAUAAACAAUCGAUUCAAUUUCGAUGAGAAAAACGUAGAUAUAAAAAACGUGGAAAAUUCCUAGCCUUGCUUCCUUAAAACCUCAUAGGCCUACUGCAGAAAGUGUUGGAUCUUUGUGUGUGCAUUCUGGAAUAUACUCGAUGUGUAUUUUGUAUAGUCACAUGAUGGUGUUUGACACAAUCUGUGGUAAUAGUGUAUAAAGGUCAUUGUUCUCCCCGUCCAUGGUUGAGUGGUCUGGUCACCUGACGUGCUGCGACGGCAGCAAGAAGUGUGAGCCCUGGUAGCCAUCUUAUCACCCGUCGGAGGUAAAUUGCACUCAAUAAGAGCACGCAGUGUUACGUGGUAUUUAAAAAGGUCAAAUAAAGGAUUGGUUUUAUAAACUCGACUUGGAAAAAGGUAUUUUUUCUAUCUAAUAUCUAAUAUGCUGAUAUUUUGUAUCAAUGAAAAUGCAUUUUGAAAAAAGUUUCCAUAUUUUCACACCAUUGUUCAUUCGUGCUUCAAAACUCCACCACGGGUAUUCAGAGAACUAAAUGUUGAAACAUCAAUUUAUCUUAUGUACAAUUAGCGGCUACCAGGCCUGACAUUUCAAAGCGCCACCUGUAGGUCAGUAGCAAGACUAUGGUUUUAGCUCGUGUAGCUGUAGCACAAUCAAGCUCUCCUUCAGCACUUGCCCGCACCAAAAUGCACCGUGCAAUGGUGCUAUAAAGAAUCAUGCAUAUAUUUAUGUUACAAACUGGCACACAUCAGUUGGUCAAGUAUCAAAUGUUCAAAAUCAUCAGUAUAUGCUGUAAACAUGAUAAAGAGAUGAAUAGAUUGUGGUACUUUGAUGCCGUCACAGUUGUCCUAUUUCAGUGGAAUUGAAAUCAUAUUCUAAAACUUUACAUUUCACUGUGACUGAGUCUGUAAUGGGCGUAUUUAUGGAUAAAAAACACCAAAAUAAUUUUUUUCGUGGUAUCCCUUUCAUAACGAGAAAGUAGAAUUUUUGAGUAUCCGUGAUAUAAUUUUGAACGAAUUAUUUUAUUACCCAAUGUGAUGCAAGAGUUACUUCACAAAUGACUCACACAUGUUUUGUUUGGAUUUCCUCUUGGAAAAAAGUACAAAAUCUGACAAAAAAAUCAAUAUCAGUGAAAUUAUUAAUUGAAGUCCAAGUUCACCUUUUGAAAGCAAUCGUAUCAUGAUGUGCUUCACUGUAUUACCCUGUGCUAAAUGCAUUACACAGUGCAAAAUGUAUUGUAUAUUAUUUUCCAUAGUGCAUGUACUUACAUCACACAUGGUGUACUAAAUGUAGUACAUGUACAUAUCUACCAAUACUUGCAUUACACUGAGCUUAGAGGUCAUUACACAGAGUACUAGUUGCAGUAAAAAUACAUUACACAGAGUACUAGUUGCAGUAAAAAUACAUUACACAGUGAACCGUUACAUGAAAUAUCCGAUUCCACAAUUUACCAAUGUAUUAAAUAUCCAUUACUUUUACCAAGAAUGAAAAAAGAUGAUAAUAAGGUCCCAAUACAACCAUUCAAAACAAACAGUGUAAGAAUUGAUAACAGCUACCAUAUUCAUUCGUGGUGUGGUGAGCUAGAAUCCUUGCUGAAAAGAAUCACUCGGUAUUGUUCAUCUAUUAUGGGAUGGCACAUGACACUUUCUUACGACAGAUCUGCAUUUUGCCUUGCGCCAUCCCAUGAUAAUCAAUACUGUUCUCUGAAUCUUUCUUAAGCGGAAACCAAUUUACGCAGUACACAUUGUGAUAAUAAUUUUUAAUCAAAUGAUAACUCUUAAAGACAGGAUCUAACUCAACUCGCUCAUCAGAAUCUUCCAAAACCAACAAGUCUAACAAUUGAAUUUUCGUGAUGUUUUUUUCAGUGUGCCGCUAGUCGAUUUUUUAUGCGCGGUAACCCUGAAAUCAUCGCCGAAAAAGUCUUUAAUCUUGCCGCUUGAAAACUCAGCAUACUUUUUUCUCAGGCGACGGAAUUUUCCACUGUUUGGUAUAACAAACUUUAUACUGCCAGAUAUCGAGUCUAUUGUGCACAUUCAGCUAAUGACUUCAUUUUCUGCAACUUUCGUCUAUCAAACUCUGAUCUCGAUCGAGCUUUCGCAUCUUCAAAUCAUUCUGCACUGCUUGUAUUUCACCCUGUUUAAGGUCACAUAUAACCCUGUAAGAGUGUACUUAUGGGAACCAGUGGAGACUAUAUCUCUCCGUGAAUGGUUUACCUCAUUUUGAAGUUUUGUCGACUUCUAUUUGUUAUAGGCAGCGUAUGUACGGGCUUAAAUGAGCAGUGCAGAAUGGUGGUCCCAUGUGUGGUAUUUGGAUGAACUGUACUUAAGCUUGCUAACAUGAAUUAUAAAUAAUGUAUUUGAACAGAAUCAGGAAAUUAGGGUCUCAGAAAAAUAUUGUCUCGUAGGCCUAUGGAAUCAUUUAUUAAGACCAUUGAACUGGACCAAAUUAAUUGAAGCCUGGAGUGGGUGGAUUUGGAAAAAAAGAAGUGAAAAAACUCACCUCAAAUCUGCAGAAUUAUUGUACGUUUAUGUUUAUGAGAUGAUUGAAAUAUAUAUGGAUUGCUUGAAUUUUGAGAGAUUUUCGGAGCUGAGUUUCUUUUGCCAAAUUUUUAUCAUACGAUCCCUUGCAUUUUUCUGGGCAGCUGUGUACAAAUGUAUAGCAGAUUUCUUCACACUUGAGGUGGACGUAGCAUUAGAUACAUUAUUGCUAGAUAACCUGGCAGACCUUCAAGUGAACAUGUACCAUGCACUGGUUGUACAGUUUUGUGCUUUCUGUGUUUUGUCUUCUAGAAAUAUGCAACUUAUGUUGGUCUAUGCUGUGUCUGUAGCUUAACUAGGAAGGGGAACUCGUGUGUCUCCCAAGUACUGAGCAUUUUCGAUCAUGGAUGUAAAUCUUCUUGAAGUAAUAUAUGCAAUCAUAGGUCAUCUAUGUAAUAUAUUGUGAAAUAAAUUCAGCAAAUAUACAAA